AUGAGCUCGACCGGUUCCAGACGUUCUCGGUCGUCCUCGUCCUCUCGCUCGUCUAGACGGAAAAUCGUCGUGACGGAGAAACGCCGUCUCCUCAUCCUAGCGCUACGCUACGUCAUUUCCCAAAAAGAAUACGCCUUCGUUCGUCGCCAGUUCCUCCUUAAAGCUCCAGCUCCAGUUGCCGCCAACACGCCCACUCGCGCCGAGUUCGAUGUCGUCGUCAAGUCAGCUACAUGGGACGAUUUCCUUCCCGCUUCCUCACGUGCCGGGUUGCGCAUGUUCCUCCUAUACGGCAUCCUUCUCAAUGGCUUCGAGUACACAUCCGGACGGUUACGAAGCCGCAAGCAGGGCACUGCUCCUCCCCCGGCGCGGUCCCUAUUCUACAAUAAAUCGAAUGUUCUUCAGUCGUUGUCGUUAUCGACAUUGAUUGUCCUCCACCGACUGCUGUAUCGGUUCUUCUACCAGCUUAAAUCCAAUCUACAACUUCCCGAGGCGAAGACGUUUCGAGAGAAAUACCCCAAAGCUUCGCAGGUUUUCCUGUCGCCAAAAGCUCCGCCACUUGCAGCUUCGAUGGCGGGGCUUGCGUUGCUCAUCCACCCUGCGACCGAUCGAAGGGUUACGCUGUCAGUAUACACAUUUGUCAAGGCGCUCGAAUUCAUCUUCAACAGAUAUGAAGACGAGGGAUGGUUUCAGAACCGCCCAUGGUGGUUUGGCUCCUGGCUUCUCUUCCCUUUGACUUCAGGACAGCUCUUGUACUCAUUCCUCUUCGACCGCGAUGCUUUUCCCCGCGAAUAUUGUGACUUCAUCACAAAGUAUUCCGCCGAGUACAUACAGCCACGGCCGGAUGCCUACCCUUCGCACCUGCCAUGGCCUGAUUCAACCACGGUGGUCGAUGCGCUCCCCAAGAUUGCAUCCUUACGUUUCCCGCCCUUCUCCUCGCCGAUUCUCUUCCCCAAUGCCAAAACCCUUCCGGAAGCCCUAUACUCCAUAUCUCCCAUUGUAUCGCCCGCGCAUCCAGCCAUCAAAUCCCUCCAAUGCGCGCUCCUCCACCCCGCCGAACCUAGCUGCCUCAAAACGUACAUUCACUUUUGGGCCUCUGAGCUUCCGCGGAUCGCCAAAUUCCUUGCCGCAAUCUACUGCGUAGCCUGGCUCCCGCGCUACAAAAAAUUUCUAGCGAACCCGGUGUCAGCCGUAAAACGCAUUUCCAGCGCAACAGCCCUAACAAGUCUUUUCAUCACAGGCUCCAUCGGCUCCGCCUGGGCAGCCUGCUGCUUCCUGCAGUCGCUCCUCCCACGCACACUCUUUCCCAAAUUCCGAUUCUGGAUCGCCGGGUUCCUCGCGGGCCUAUGGGCGGUCGUCGAUCGCGACAGCGGCCGCGCUAACUUCCUCUACUCGGCCCGCAUAGGCCUUGUGUCGGCAUGGAAGGUCCUGCAGAAGAAGGGCCUCGUCCGUCCCGUCAAGAACGGCGAUGUGUACCUCUUUGUGGUGGCGCUCAUGGCGGUGAAUUGUGUGUAUGACCGCGACCCUGGCGCCGUCAGUGGUGGCGCCGCUCGAAGGGUACUCUCCAGUCUCCGUGGCCGCGGGUUUAGAGACUACGUCGUGGAAAAGAUCGAGAGGGAGAAGAGGACGGAAGCGGGGGAGUGCGCCAGUGCCGGUGAGCACCAGCUCACCGCGGCGAAGCUGGCGGCGGUCGAGGCCGCAUAG